AUGGCGCACAAUGCAUCAUCUGAUUCUGAUAAUGAAAUUAUAACAACACGGCCAAAGCUCUUUGAACAUGAAAAACCGAUACAUGAAAUUCUUGGAGGAGGAAAAGUGGCAGAUAUGUUAUUAUGGAGGAACAGAAAUGUAUCAGCUGCGCUUUUGCUUGGGAUAACGGUGAUAUGGUUUCUAUUUGAGAUCGCUGAGUACAAUUUUGUGACUCUCUUUUGUCACAUUUCAAUCACCACGAUGCUUGUACUAUUCAUAUGGACCACAGCUGCAGAUAUAUUAAAAUGGAAUGGUCCCCAGAUCCCGGAAAUUAUUUUACAGGAUUCUUUCUUCAAAGAUCUUGCUUCCAUCCUCCACAGAAGAUUUAACCAGUUAUUACCAAUGUUUCUCCAUAUUUCACGUGGAAAAGACCUACCACACUUUCUUCUGAUCAUUGUUUCCCUCUAUAUAGUGUCAGUGAUUGGAACCUGCUUCAGCUUUGUCAAUCUGCUAUAUAUUGGUUUUCUCUGCAUGCUAACGUUGCCGAUUCUGUAUGAUCGGUAUGAGGAAGAAAUUAACAAUAUGGUCGGAGAUAUCAUACUAGUACUCAGGAAAAGUUAUAGGAAGUUUGACAAGAAAUAUCUCAACAAAAUUCCCAGAGGACCAAUACUGAAGGAAAAGAAAAUCCGAUGA